UCCGCCUCCAUCAACCAGCCAGGAACCAUCUACAACAAUGAUGUCCUCAUCCACAGAGCGACAGUCUACAUUGGCACCCACAGAAAUGACUGAAUUAACAGCCCCCACGUCAACACUCACCACAAAUGGAGUUUCAAGACCUUCCACCACAACAUCCAUCACUUCACCCACAAAUACAAUGGUCUCCACAAAUUCACAGUCUACAUUCCCUACUCAUUCCACUGAAACAUCUCCUGAAGAAAAAACUGCUACAACACUUGUAGGUACCGGACUGACUUCAAAGCACACAGCCCAGACUGUGAGAUCAACUUUCAGUUCCACUAUCAUAACUAAUGUGGUGUUACCAACUUUUACUUCAACAUCUACUGACAAUCCAAACUCAGAUAGUGCCAUUACAAUCCAUCCACCUUCCACAGUCUCCUCCAACGUGACACCUUUGUCACAGUCUGCUUCUGCACCAACAAGUGAAGUAACAACAAAUAAAAAAUCAAGUAGAAGUCCACAAACAUCUUCGCCAACCACACCAACUUCAAAGGCUUUGACAUCAGCAGAAAUCAUUAGUACAAACACACUUACAACAGUCAUUCAUUCAACAUCUAUUGCCCUUUCAAAUACCACUGUCACUGUGACAACACCAUCUACAACUCCUCAGUGUGGAGUUAAGGAUUGUCCUGGGUGUACUGGUACCUGUAAAUUCAAUGCAACACUUGGAAGAUGUCACUGCAAAUGUCCAACGUUUGUCUUUGGAGAUGUAUGCGUUUUAGGAGAGAAUAUUACCUCUGCUCAGAUUGAUACUGGAGCAAUACCAACUCGAAAAGUGAAUUUUACUUUGAAAAUCAACAUCACUUUUAAUGAGGCUUUCAAUAAUUUGAACUCACAUCUAUCAUUAGAAUUCAUCAAAACAUUAAAACCGCAGCUUGAAGUCCUAUGCAAAGAAGCAGAUCCACAAAGCUAUAAAACUCUAAAAGUCAUCAAGUUAUCACCAGGAAGUGUUGUUGCAGAGACCCUGGCAGAGUACAACUAUGCAAACAAUGAAACUCAAAUCCAGUUUGUCAACACUCAGCUUGAUGGAUUGUUGACUGCUAUCUUGAAUGACACAAGUAACCUCAGUAAUAUUUCCCAGGCCUUUAAUGCAAGUGUGCAGUUAAAUGGAAUCAACUUCCCCCUACCUGAGAUUACAAAUAUCAAAGACCUGCAGCCUUUUGUUAACUGCACUCAGUUUGCUAAUUACACUGCUGAGAUAGGUAAUGGUCAAUGGCAAUGUGUUGGACCUUGCAAAACAAACCCAGAUUACUGUCAUCAACAUGGAGAAUGCCACAAUAACGUUUACAAAGGGCCUAUUUGUAGGUGCUUUGAGUCUAGCCUGGAGCAGUUUUAUGGCCCACAGUGUGACCUCUUCCGUCGGGGUCCAGGUUUCUAUGGGGCACUGUUUGGAUCAUUGGCAGCAGCACUCCUGCUCUUGAUUAUCAUCAUCAUUGCUGUCAUUGUCAAAAAGAGACAUAUGGGUGUUUGGAAAAGAAGAAACUCCUAUAACAGAAGACUUUCUGCUUUUGAGGAAGAUUUCUUUGACUUCUCAGAUACAGGAGAUCACAACUUGGGAUUUGCAGGCACUUACACAUCAGAGGGUUUUAGGCCCUAUCUACAAAAUGUUGACACCCGAAUGCAGGUCACAACAAAACGUCCAGAGGUUUCGAGCGUCAACCCUAGAUGAAGAAAUUUUUGUUUUAAUUACAAUGUUUCCCAUGCUAUCAAUUAAGAAAAGCACAUAUCAAUAUGAGCUACUAACAAUGUUUUGCACAUAAAUAAUAUAAUAGUAAUAAAAUAUUUAUGAUUUUAUUUAUAUUAAUUGUAAUUCACUGUUGCCUAUUAUGCCCUCAAUUCAGACUCCAGUGUUGUUAGUUAAUUCACACCACACUAUAGCCAUAAGUUUUUGUAAUUUUCUUCCACUUCAGGAAUCAGGAGUAAACUUAAUGAAAAAAGAAAGAUUAAAAUAUUUCAUGGUUGUUUAGAUGAGUGUAGUUUUUACAGUUCAUAAUGGUGUUGACAAAGGGUUUGGUGCAAGUUUAUUUUGAGAUGUCAUACUGUUUUUGGUAUAAUUAAACAAAAUGCAAUGGGCUGUGCUAA